GUCCAACUUUUACAAAACCUAAUAUUCACCAUAACAUUUCCAUACACUCAGAGUUCUGUAAGCGGCCGCCGCCACUUCUUCUUCUUCUUCAUUUCUUCUUCGUCGAUUCUGUAAAUUUUUUUUCUGUUUAUGUCCGCACUUGCGGACAUUGGCGCAUAGGUAGGUCCGCCACUGGGCUUCAGCACAGAGCAAUGGCAUUUAUCAAGGCUCAGAAAUCAAGGGCUUACUUCAAGAGAUACCAAGUGAAAUUUAAGAGAAGAAGAGAGGGAAAGACCGAUUACCGAGCCAGGAUUAGGUUAAUCAAUCAAGAUAAGAACAAGUACAACACCCCAAAGUACCGCUUUGUUGUUCGUUUUACCAACAAGGAUAUCGUUGCACAAAUAAUAUCUGCUAGCAUUGCCGGUGAUAUUGUUCUUGCUGCUGCAUAUGCUCAUGAACUGCCCCACUUUGGUCUUGAAGUAGGCCUUACAAACUAUGCUGCCGCUUAUUGCACCGGACUCCUCUUGGCUCGUCGAGUCCUUAAAAAGCUUGAAAUGGACGAGGAGUAUGAGGGGAAUGUUGAGGCUACCGGAGAGGAUUUCUCUGUGGAACCUGCUGAUUCUAGGAGGCCAUUCCGUGCUCUCCUUGAUGUUGGUCUUAUUAGGACCACAACUGGCAACCGUGUCUUUGGUGCCCUGAAGGGAGCUCUUGAUGGGGGUUUGGAUAUUCCUCACAGUGACAAAAGGUUUGCUGGUUUUGAUAAGGAGAAGAAAGAACUUGACGCUGAGAUUCACCGCAAAUACAUCUUUGGCGGACAUGUUGCUGCCUAUAUGAAGACCUUGAUGGAAGAUGAACCUGAGAAAUACCAGAGGCACUUUCCGGAAUACAUCAAGCGAGGAACUGAGGCUGAUGGACUUGAGGAGUUGUACAAGAAGGUUCAUGCUGCCAUUCGUGCAGAUCCCACAGAAAAGAAAUCUGAGAAGCAGCCACCAAAGGAACACAAGAGGUACAACCUGAAAAAGCUUACCUAUGAGGAGAGGAAGGCUAAGUUGAUCUCACGCUUGCAAGCUCUUAACUCUGCGGCUGAAGCCCCUGAAGAUGAUGAUGAGGAUGACGACUGAAAAUGCAUUUUGUAUGCAGAACUAGUGAUGCAUAUGUAGAACUUAUCCUCACUGGCAUUUGGAGAAUCAUUUUCCUGAGAAGUUUUGUUGCUUGUACUAUUUCUUUUCUAGAUUAAAAUUUUGUAGACUUUUUUGGGUCAACUUUGAGUAAGCCUGGAUUGAUGUGUUUUAACUAAAAUUUUCUGUUGCACUUUUCUAUAAAAUUAUUGUUCAUUUCAGCU